UCCGUUUUAAAAGUUCAUUACAUGGUUCACUUCAAAAUUUUAUUAAUUAAAUAUUUACAAUAACAAAAAAUUAUGAAGUUUUAUUUACUGCAUUCUUUAUAAUAUAACAAUAAAUAAAUAAUAUGUUUCACUAUAUAAAUAAAACUAAAUAUUACCAAAUAAUGAAUACUAAUAAAAUUUAAGAUAUGACUUACACGUACUUACCUUAAUUUAAAGUAAUAAUUUCUAAUUGGGUAACCCUAUUACGCACAACUUAAGAAAGACUUGACCCGCUUUUUUCGAAGAGUUUAAUAUUUAUAGGGAAUCUAUCUAUAUAACCUAAGGUCAUCCUUUAUAUUUUCCUAAAAUGAAGUAUUUUUGUAAAUGGUUUUACUGAGCUAUCAUUGACACGGUGCUAUAAAGUGCAGAGUAUAAGUAGAACGUACCAAUCUUGCAAACCAAGUGAUAAGCUGCUGAUAAACUGAUAAGAGUUCAAAGUCAAAAGUUGAUCGUGUUUUUAUUUUUUACUUAUUCAUCUUACAGCAGCUGGAGAUAUAGUUAAGUAAAUACCUAAUUCUCUUGCAUUGAGAUAAAAAUAAUAAUAUGUCUACUGGUAUAGUAGCUGGAAGAUUGGCUCUGGUAACUGGCGCUGGCUCUGGCAUUGGCCGUGCAGCAUGUCAGGUGCUCUCUCGGGAAGGUGCUACGGUCAUAGCGGCAGAUAGAAACUAUGAAAGUGCUGUCGAGACCAUCAAAACCCAUACUGCAUUAGCAAGCGGAGCUAAUGCUGUAGGAGACCAUAGUGCGGUUGAACUAGAUGUAUCUGAUUCUAAUGCUGUACAGAAAUUAGUGCAAACUACUCUGAAACAGUAUAAAGUUCCACCAACUAUAGUUGUGAAUUCUGCCGGCAUUACUAGAGACAAUUGGCUUUUGAAAAUGUCUGAAGAAGACUACAGCAGAGUUCUCGAUGUCAAUUUAAAGGGUACAUUCCUGGUGAUGCAAGCCUGUGCUAAAGCAUUGACUGACGCAUCAUUGCCAGGAUCGAUUGUUAAUAUAUCUAGUAUAGUUGGAAAAUAUGGUAAUAUGGGACAAACUAAUUAUGCUGGAAGUAAAGCUGGGGUGAUUGGAAUGUCGCAGUCAGCUGCUAAGGAAUUGGGGAAGUUUAAUAUAAGAGUAAAUGUUAUCCUGCCUGGUUUUAUAGACACGCCAAUAAUUAAAACAGUUCCUGACAAGGUUAUGCAAGGCAUCCUAAAGCUAGUGCCUUUGGGAAGGAUUGGCAAUCCCAUCGAGGUUGCUGAAGUAAUAGCAUUCCUGGGUUCGGACAAAAGUUCCUUCAUUACUGGUGCUACGCUCGACGUCACAGGAGGAUAUUAGUAUUACGUGAAUCUGCGCAGACAACGGAUUAUCCUCUGCGUACUUUUUAGUCCUUUACAAUAAAACAUAGAAUAACAUUUCCCAUAACAACAUAUGAAGGUCUGUGGUUUAUAUAUUGGGAAAUGGAACAAUUUUUUUCCGCGGACAAAGUCCCUUGUUUGUACAGGAUGAAAAUUACGACAUUCAUUAAUAUUAUAAAACAAAAGCCGAUAUACUAGUCACAAUUUAUCCAGUCUCCAUUCUUACAUGGACCAGUGCACACAAUGGUGCUAUUACGAUUUUUUAUGUUAAAAUUUUAGAUUAAGGAUUCUAAGUAGUCUCAUAAUCUAAGUGUUUAUUAAAUUAUGGAGGUUAUAUAUUUAUUACUUAAAAGGUCCAAAAAGGUCAAGCACGAAAUAUUUUGAGCCAUUUUAUUGCGUUUUAAGGGAAAAUUAAGUACACAGGGUAGAGUUGAAUUCAUUGUUCAGUGUUCAAUAGGUAUAAUAAAGAAUGUAUUGUAUAUUUUUGUAUGUUAUAAAUUUAUUUUGCUACAACUAGUGGUCUAACACUUUUGACACUUGAAUGACAAUUCGAAGCGCUGUCUAGACGCGCACGGCUGGUAGGCGUUAUUUAGACUGGAAUUAAGAUAUGUUGUUGCUGUCUAUAGCCAUUGAUUGUCACAUUUUAUCAGUGGACCCAUAUACUUAGUAUAAUAUAAUACUUCAUAAUCUAAGAGUGGACCAUCAGCUUGUUUGUCAUUCCCAGUAGUAAAAAAAUAUUGUAUACCAAAGAUUGUUAAUAUUUUUGAUGAAAAUUUAUGCCAUGCACAAUAAAAAUAACAAAGUUUUAAGAUCACAUAAAAAUAUGACCUAUAUUUGCUUGAAUAAAAUAAGAACAUAAAUCUUUUAAUGUUAUAAAAUGACUUUACCAUUGGGCAGGCAUGUUUAAUAAAUGCAUUGGUUAACAUAAUUCUGUCUUCCUGCCCCUGUGAUAUUUUUAAUAAAUGUUUUUGGACAUGGUUGUUAUAUUUGCACAUUUUAUGGUGUUUACUUAAUAAAAAUAUUAUAUGAAA